ACCAGGCAACGGAAGAAAGGGGAAAUCGUUUGUGUAUUAUCUUCUGCUAUUUCACUUCACAGUCCUUUUCUAUGCAAAUCCAAGCUAUCCGCUCCUCUCUCUCUAAGAUCCUCUCUGCCGAAUGCAAAACUCACGUUUAAUCCUGCCGCUAAACAGAGGUCGAUAUGUUCUAAUCCGAUCAGGUUUGGUUUCGGUAGCGACGUGAGUUCGACGUUGGCGAUUAACAAGAAAAGGAGGCGUGGUUUGAGUGCUGUAUGUUACGCGAUGCCUCUUUCUGCUCGCAAUCUUCAGUGGAUCUCUACUAUUUCUUCUGUGAUUUUAAUGCUCGCAAGGGGGACUGGGAUCCAGAAGUCAUUUAUCGUUCCACUAUUUGCUCUUCAGGCGCCUGCAAGUGUUAUCUCGUGGAUUAAAGGAGAAUAUGGCAUUUGGAGCGCAUUUUUGGCACUUCUUGUUCGUCUGUUUUUCUUCAUCCCUGGUGAACUCGAGAUACCAUUCAUAUCAUUACUUUUGGUGAUUGUGGCCCCAUAUCAAGUCCAAAACUUAAGGGGAACUCAAGAAGGGACCAUCAUCUCACUACUGAUUGCAGCAUAUUUGGCUUUCCAGCAUUUCUCUCGAGCUGGCAGCUUUCGGAGAGCUUUUGAUCAGAAUUCAAUUGUUGCAACAGUGGCAAUCAUUUGUGUAACAGCUGUCUCAUUCCUGCUCGUGAUCUGAGUUCUUCAGUCACUCCCAACAAAUAAGCGAUUGCCAUCUCUCUGUGGAGAGAAGAAAUGAGAUUCCUUCUGCUUACAGAUGAUUUGCCACAAGCGAACCCAAAAGGUAAGUCAUGGCCAAGAGCAGCAGUGAUCGUUUUGAUAUUGAAGUGGCUGAGCUGGGCAUGCCUGAUGGUUCUGCACCAUACAUCGAUGGAUCUGUGGGCGUAAAAGUUGGGUUCGUGGGAGCCGGUGGUGUCAUGGUUGGUAUUGUGGUGAUGGGCGGUGUUGGUGGUGGGAUUACAGGCGGCGGUGGUGUUGGGUUUGGAACUGCAGGUGGAGGGGGGCUGUGAAAGGUGAUAACAGGGGUUGAUUAUGAUUCAAAAAGGUAAAAGUUGUCAUACUUGGGUCUGUGCUAACAAGUUGAGCUGUUCCUCCAAAAACACAGCUAGUAGCAGCUGGAUUCCUCUGGUAAUAGUCAUUGAAGGCAUAAGAAGCAUGGUCCUUCACGGUGUUGGGGUCAUAGCAGCUCCCCCCUGGUUGAAUCGCCGAACAGUCUGCACCGCCAUAGCCACAAGCAUAGUCAAGAGCCACCUGUAGAGCAGUCGGGGAAGCAGCAGAGCUUGCAAUACACCAUGAACCUCCACCAGAGUUUCCAGGCCCUGUGGUGGGAGUCAUCAUAUUAGGGUCUACUGAGUUCGGUCCAGUCUGUGGCGACGUAGUUGGGUUUACUGUUGGAGUUUGAACUUCUCCUGGCGUUGUCGCUGGGUUUACAAUGGGGGCGUCAUACAACUCAGUGAAAUGUACUGAAGGAGAGAAGAUCUUUCUCUCUUCUUCACUCUGCAGAGAGAUCGACCUAUCAACCUGAUAUGCUUCGACAUUUCAAGCGUAACUCAACUAGACAAGACACGUACCCUCAGCUGGAAAUUCAAAGGUUCGAAUUCUUCUACUCUUAUAUAUAGUAGAAGUGUACUUAAAAACAAACUUAUCUUUCACUUGCUCGCUCUUCGAUUCUCGAACUAUAACAGUCUAACAAUGAGCAUGAAAAUGGCUACAAAAGAAACGAAGCGGAAAUCGACCUUUACCUGAGAAGAGUAAGAAGAAUAGUGCCAAAUUCCUGAGAAUGUUGGAACCCA